GUUCCAAGUCAACCAGAACAUCAUCUGUGUCUCAAGGGUCUAAAUCUGCACAAGUUCUAUCCAAGUCAAACAAAGAUGCUAAAGAGUCAGAUCGAUUAACUGAAAGAAUAACUAUCUCUCUUCUAAAAAGACAAAAAGCCCUUUCCUUCACUGAUAAACCAGUUGAUGAUCUUCUAACACCUACAGAUAUAGAACUUCUAUCAGUGCUUCGCAACAAGAUAAUGAAUUGUUAUAUGUGUUUCAAGAAUCCUUUCUCUCAAAAGCUUCAG